UGAUGAUAUCGCCUAGACUGGUCACAAUCAGACGUCUGCCAUCCUAAUUCUAGAAAGAAGUUCAACCCGAUCAACCUGCAGGACCAUCCUAGAAUUUCAACAUCUGUCUACCCCGAAUAGAUCUCUCACCCGUUAUGUCUGUGUGCCAGUCUUUCUGAUUCGGUUUAGCCCGUUCUGCCAGCUGGUAUUGUAAUUCUGGGUAGCUUCUGGUUCCUUGUCCACCCGCCAUCUGCUAGCUCCCAGCAAGACUAUAUAAAGAGAAACAUCACUCAAUCAUUGUUUUUGAACUUGACCCCGAGUUCCACAAAAUGGCUGAUAUACCAUUGGCAUCCUUGUCUUUGACUCAUGUCCACUACGACCCCAAUGAUCCAAUUUCCUUUCUUUCUGCCUGGCUUGCCUUAGUGCCACAAGCGCUAUGCGUGAGCUAUGCUACCCUGAUCUGGGCUUCAAGAGAAGCUGAGGUAGUCUUGAUGUUUGCGGGUCAGAUGGGUUGCGAGGCACUGAAUUUUGUGCUCAAGCGCAUCGUCAAAGAGGAGAGGCCAAAACAAAUGCUGGGUAAAGGCUAUGGCAUGCCAUCUUCUCAUGCCCAGUUCAUGGCCUAUCUCGCCGUCUAUGCAUCACUCUUCCUCAUCUACCGACACAGCCCGAGCUUAUCGCAGUCGGGUGCGGCCCUUCACUUCUGGAUGCGAGUAUUGAUUUCCUUGGUGCUGUGUCUCGGUGCUGGUGCAGUAGCCGUUAGCCGCAUUUACCUGAAUUACCACACCCCCAAGCAGGUCCUGGCCGGGUGUGGCGCAGGUAUGAUCUGUGCGUUCGCUUGGUUCUUCAUCACCGGGCUACUCAGGUCACAGGGAUGGAUUGAUUGGGUUUUGAAUCUGGAGGUUGUUCAAUUCUUUCGUGUGAGAGAUUUGGUUGUGAACGAAGAUCUCGCCGAGGCCGGAUGGCAACGCUGGGAGGCCAAGCAAAAACUGAAGCGGAAGGGGGCCGGAGGUCAGGCAUCGUCGAAAACCGAAUAGUGCGAUUCGAUGACAUUGAAGCGCAAGCUCGUAUAUCCGCCGUCCUCUGUGAUACCCAUAGAUUUCACUGCCUAUGAUUGAUAAAUGCAUACAAGGCCUGGGAAGUGAAAGUCCCUCGGCUUGGUUCGAUCCUGGCUGGAGUUACAGAUUUGCCUACUAUGAUAGGCUUCAUUUAUCUACGAGUAUGAGGUAAACUUGGCGAUUAGUCCUUCCUUAAUUGCUUUGUUGAAGAUGAAGAUUUUAGUAAUAUAAAUGUUCUGGUGGUACUACCGAUUGGAACAUGCAGCUUCGCCUGAGGAUAUAUAUUGCAACAAGACGGGGACUACUAGAACUGCCAGCAGUACUGUCGGAGUAGUAGUAAGAGUACUAAGUGCUUGGGAAUGUGACCUUGGAUAGAGCUAGAAAGGGUUGGAGCAAUAGAUUAACGUCUGGAUCUCCUAUGUUCAUG